AUGAACGAAGUCGCAGCCAGUGUGGGUUCUGGCGGAUGGACCAACAUCAAACGCGUGGCGUUGACGGGCACACUUUGCAUCGGGGACCAGGAGCAUCUGUUUCGAAAGCUGGGUCAGCAAGUGGGGGGCAAGGUGUACCGUCUAGAGACGAUGCGUCGCGAUCUGCAGCUGCGUGUGCUUCACGGAAACCAGCUAAACUUUUUGUCGCAUGUGCAAGCCAUUGUGGACACGCAGCGGAUGAUGCGUCAGGCGAAUGGGGAGCGUGUGCACAUGAUGGUCUUUUGUGACACCGUGAACGAGGUGAAGCUGCUGUGUGACCAGCUGCACGCAUACGGCUACAUGGCCUUGCCCUACUACACCGACCUGGAGGAGAAGGUGCAAAAGGACCAUGUGGCACGGUGGCAACGGGGUGAAUGCGACGUCAUUGUGGCCACCAGCUGCCUCAGCACGGGUGUGGAUCUGCUCACCAUUCGCCACGUGCUGUGGUAUGGCAACGGCUACAACGUCUAUACGCUGGCCCAGGCAUUUGGUCGGGCUGGUCGCGAUAAACAGGGAGGAACUGCCGAGCUGUGGCUACCAGUGAGACGUGGGCCAGCACCAGGCAUGGAAAAGUUUGUCGAGGGCAAUGCGUGCCGCAGCUGGGUGCUCGGCAAGUUGCUAGAUCCCCGCGCCGCGACAUGCUUUGCUGCCGGCCAGCCGCUUUGUGACGUGUGCGCAGGAACAGCACAGCGCCUGGAGCCAGCAAGAGCUGCACGCCAGCAGCGCGCUGCCCAAGCGUUGAGUGUGAUGCAUGUGGAAGCAGAGGCCGAGGCGAUGGCGGAGGAGGAAGAUGUGUUGUCUGAGCCACCUGCAGCACGGCUCGAGGAAAAAGAAUCGAUCGGGCCAGAGUCCACUUUGGAUGUAGCUUCAGCAUCAAACGUCGAAACGGCAGCGUCUUCAGGACGAGCUGCCGUUGCGGCGCAGUCGAGCAGAAGCACUCCACGUGCCCAGGACACGGCUGUGGUGGCGACAAAUGCAGGGCCAAUGACGGAUGCUGCCGUGCCACAGAUGCAGACGAGUGCUGCUUGGAUUGAUGAGGCAGCUACAGCAUCCAUGUCGGUGCCAGCUUCACCCAUGGUCUCUGAUGCUGAUGACGAGGCGCCUUUACAGCAAGAGGCGCGUGGCCCGGUGCAAACCAAGUUGGCAGAGGGUGAGAGCACGCCACAGCCAGUCAUGCACUGCUGCUUCUUCAACAGCGGCGCAAGCAGCAGAGUCGCCUCUUCCCGCAGCAAAACGAGCAGCAUCAAGUGGCACGCGCACCGCUACCAUUGCUGCUACUGCUACCACUCGCUCUGA